AUGAUGAUAUCAUGUAAUAUCUGUUUCUCUACCAUUAUCUUCUAUGAUUUAGUUCUUAUGUUUUUAGUGUUAUUGACUAGAGUCUUAGUUGUGGUAUUUCAGUUUCUUAAGGCUUUCUUCCUUUACUAUAUUUGGUUAUUAGAGUGUAUUUACUGCUUAACUAGUGUCGGUGUUACAAUUAUGACAUCAAGUCAUAAAUCAGCUUUAGGACUUCCUACUAAAUUAGCUCCAUAUCGAUCUGACACAGUUUACCCGGAACUUCAAGUAAUUGUGAUUAAAGACGAAGUCUACAAAAAUAAGCUAAUAUACUGCUGUGCUGGAGUCAGUCCCAAUGAAGUAUUAACAUCAAAAUUGAAGAAGUUUUUAAGAGGAAGAAUUGAAGAUUUGAGAUUAGGAACGAAGAUUCGUGAGAACUUGUGUAGGUUUUGUUUAUUGAGAAAGAUUUUGUAUCAAAGUUUGACCAGUCCCAAUGAAGUAUUAACAUCAAAAGUAAAUGUGUUUAUGAGUUAUAAUUAUGCUUAUAAUAAUCCACUGAUGUAUCCCAUAUUAUGGUGAUAUCAUCAUAUGAAAUAUAAUCACUAUCACGCAUGCUAAACCUGUGUGUUAAAUAAUAAAGUAAUCGGUAGACACCUUU